CCCACAAGUAAAACCGAUGCAAGCCGGUUUUGGCUUUUUUUUAGGGCAUUUCUUGGAUUCUUCUCUUGAGAGAGAAGAAGAGAACCUGCUCUUUCAACUUCCCCUUUUUCACUCCUCUGCAACUCUCCCCAGGCUACGGGAAACCUGAGAUUUCCGGCGCGCAUUCUCCGUGUCGAGCCGUGGAUUCCAGCUCCUAAAGAGGAAACGGCCGGAAAUCUUCUGUUUGGGUUGUGGAGCUGCUGAUGUAGAGAAGUGGAGAAUGGAAGGAAAGGAGAGACAAUCGGUUCUCUUCGUUUUCAUUUUCUCUGUAGUUAGAUCUGAUCUUUAGGGUCUGAUUUGAUGAUUUUGGGUGUUGGAUUUUAGAGAGGGCUGAAAGAGAGAGGGAAAAUGGAGGAGAGAUUGAGGAGAAAUCAAGGGUUAGGGCUUUGGUGGAGUGGUUUGCUUGUGGUGGUAGUGCUUCUUGCAGCGAUUGGAUCGGCGAUCGGGGCCGAGGAGCAGCAGCGUUUCCGGAACGCGUAUGCGGCGAUGAUGUACAUGGGGACGCCGCGGGACUACGAGUUCUACGUGGCGCUGCGGGUCAUGCUCAGAUCGCUGACGAAGCUGAAGGUGGAAGCCGAUCUCGUGGUGAUUGCCUCCCUCGAUGUUCCAGUUCGGUGGAUUCAAGCUCUGAGAGAGGAAGAUGGCGCGAAGGUGGUGAUGGUGAAGAACAUGGAGAACCCAUACAUGAAGCAGGAUAACUUCAACAAUAGGUUCAAGCUGACAUUGAAUAAGUUGUAUGCAUGGAGCCUGGUGGACUAUGAUCGUGUGGUCAUGCUAGAUUCCGACAAUCUCUUCCUGCUGAACACUGACGAGCUCUUCCAGUGCGGCCAGUUCUGCGCUGUCUUCAUCAAUCCAUGCAUCUUCCAUACUGGCCUCUUUGUCUUGCAGCCGUCCAAGGAGGUCUUCAACAACAUGCUUCAUGAGUUGGAGAAUGGCCUGAGCAACCCGGACGGUGCAGAUCAGGGUUUUCUUGGGGGUUACUUCUCGGACAUGCUUGACCAGCCAAUGUUCCAUGCACCUAGUAAUGGGACGAAGCUUGAUGGCUACUUCCGCCUUCCUUUAGGCUACCAGAUGGAUGCUUCCUAUUAUUAUCUGAAGUUGCGGUGGAGCAUACCCUGCGGACCUAACAGCGUGAUCACUUUCCCAAGUGCGCCAUGGUUGAAACCUUGGUACUGGUGGUCAUGGCCUGUCUUACCUUUGGGCCUCUCAUGGCACGAGAAACGCCGGAAAACCCUCGGGUACAGCGCAGAGGUCCCUGUCGUAUUGAUCCAAUCGGCUAUGUACCUGGUAGUCAUGGUGGUGACCCGUUUGGCACGGCCCAACCUAUCCAAAUUGUGUUACCGCCGUCCGGACAAGAGCCUCACCUACUUGCAAGCUGUGCUCAAGAUGGCAGCCAUGUGGUCCAUCUUAGCUGCCUAUACGAUUCCCUUCUUCCUCAUUCCCCGGACAAUACACCCGAUCUUGGGCUGGUCACUUUACUUGCUUGGCUCAUCAGCGCUCUCAUCGAUCAUUGUCAACACCUUCCUACUGCCAGCUCUACCGGUCCUCAUGCCAUGGCUCGGGAUCUUGGGCGUGCUUGCCGUCAUGGCAUGCCCUUGGUAUUCAGAUGGGCUUGUUCGGGCCUUGGCGGUAUUCGCCUACGCCUUCUGUUGUGCCCCGCUCGCAUGGGGAUCGAUGCAGAAGGUGAUGGCAUGCUUGCACGUCUCACUCGAGAGGGAUGCCUUCUUUCCAAGAUUGGGUGAUUCUCCACAACUGCCUGAAUUCAGCAAGCUAUAUUGAAAGGUGAACAGGUCCAAACCUGAUCCAAUGCUGCUGCAAGAGAAGAUACAAGAUUCGACAACUAAUCCCAUCUCACCACUCAAAUUUUUAAGUAUGAUGGUAGGAGUUCUUGUAUCAGUAGUGUCUGAUUGUUAUCGUAUUUGAUUGCAUAUAUAACGAUGGUGAAGAGGGGUAUCAUCAUCCUUCACUGAUGAGAAGAUUAUUGUGCAUUGGCAUUGGAUUUAUUUGUAAUUCAAGUUUCAUUUCCAAAUCCACGACUGUUUUUCCUAUGAA